AUGCCCUACAUCGACACGAACAAGGACUUGGCUGCUCAGUUUGAGCUCCAGGCUCAGUCGACGCCUGAAGCAAUCGCCCUCGAAGACGGGAACCGCACUCUUACAUACGCCCAGCUCGACAGCGAGACAUGGGCACUGGCAGACCGCCUGCGCAAUUACGGCAUUGGCCGUGAUAGCCUUGUCGGCGUGCUCAUGGGGCGCUGCGCCGACAAUGUCAUUGCCUCGCUCGCCGCACUUCGAGCGGGUGGUGCGUUUUUGGUUUUGGAGCUCGCCUACCCCUCUGCUCUGCUCCGCGACGUGGUCGAGGAUGCGCAACCCACCGUCAUUAUUACGCAGAAAGCCCAUGCCGGCCAGAUCAAGUCGGAUAUCCCCGUCAUUAUCAUCGACCAACCCGAGGGGGUCGCAAAUGGCCAUCCCGAGAUACCAAUUGUCGACAAGCGCCCGCUCCCCGAUGACGACGACCUCGAUCGCUUGGCGUUUGUCUCGUAUUCCUCUGGAACUACAGGCAAACCCAAAGGUAUCGCCAACCCUCACAGAGCCGCAAUUACCUCCUACAACGCGAGGUUCGGUGUUUCCGACCUGCAGCCUGGCGAUCGGGUUGCCUGCAACGUCUUCUUCGUCUGGGAGAUGCUCCGACCGCUGCUCCGUGGCGCAACGACCGUCGCAAUCCCCGAUAGCGCUAGCUACGACCCAAUUGCUCUCGUUGAGCUUCUCUCCUCCCGCAAAAUAACUGAUACCCUCAUGACCCCCACCCUACUCGCCACAGUCCUCUCGCGGCACCCGAACCUGGGCGAAAAAGUACCCCACCUCAAGUCUCUUUGGCUCAACGGUGAGGUCGUCACGACCGACCUUUGCCGGCGUGCAUUUGCUGCCAUUCCGAAUAUUCGUCUUCUCAAUGUCUACAGUGCGAGCGAAACCCACGAAGCUGCCGUCGGCGACAUUAAAACAUUUAUCGACUAUGAGGCGCGCGUUUGCCCCGUCGGCCCUCCCACCGAUCCCGAGCACACGUACAUUCUCGAUGAGGCUGGCAACCGAGUUGCGCCGGGCGUCAGCGGCGAAUUGUACGUUGGUGGUGAGAUGCUCGCCCGCGGAUACCUCAACCUACCCGAGACUACUCAGAAGGCUUUCCAGCAAAAUCCUUUCGAGCACAAUCCCAAUGCACGCAUGUACCGCACCGGUGAUAUCGCCCGUAUUUUGCAAUCUGGGCUGCUGGAAAUUACCGGUCGCGUCGGUGGUAUGAUCAAGACACGAGGAUACACUGUGCAGCCGGCUGCUGUUGAAGCUAGCAUCGUUAAGCACUUGGCGGUUCGCGAUUGCGCCGUCGUUGCGACCGGAGAGGGCCUGCAGCGCCAGCUUGUGGCCUACUUUGUCCCGGAAACCAAGGAUAUUUCCGGACGCACCAUUGUGGUCAUUGACGACUCAGGAUAUAGCCCUGUGGCACGACGUGCGCUCACGGACCAUUUGGCGCACUACAUGAUCCCGCCUCUGUGGGUUGAGCUGGUCGAAUUACCGACCCACGGGGUCUCGGGCAAAACCGAUCUGAAAGCGCUGCCACCGCCGCCCUCGCCAAAGACGCCGCCGCGCCAGAAGAAGCCGGAAACCAACGUGCGAGUCAAGAUGGAAACAAUUGUGCAAAUUUGGGCGGCUGCGCUCGGCAUGCCAGAAACCGCUAUUGAUCCCAAGCUCGACUUUUUCGACCUCGGUGGACAUUCCCUCAUCCUUGCGGACCUGGCCAAUCGCCUAUCCAAGGCUUUUGGCUUCCCGGUGCCUCUAGCUCCGCUCGCUGGUAACCCGACGCUGGAGGGCCACCUCGCAGCGGUCAAGGCCGCUCGCGAUGGUCACACCGCGGCUGUGCAGGCCGACUUACCGGCUGUUCUUGCUGCCGAUUGCGCCCUGCCAGAUGACAUCCAAGCUCCUGCCGGUUCCAAGAUGUGCCGACUGCGCGAUGCAGAGACUGUGUUGUUGACGGGCUCCACUGGCUAUCUUGGUGCAUUUUUGCUCAAGUCUCUGCUCGAGAAUACCACGGCCAACAUCAUUUGUCUUGUGCGAUUCACCGAGCCUACAGAUGAUUGCAGACCGGCUGGUAUUGCCCGUGUACGCAAGAACUUGAUUGAUCUCGGCAUCUGGGAAGACUCCAUGUUGGAUCGCAUCGACAUCUUCCCCGGCAACCUGGCACGAAAGCGUCUUGGUCUGUCGCCAGAGAUGUUUGACGACCUCGCGUCUCGCGCGCAAGUAAUCAUUCACGCGGCUGCUACUGUCAACCUCGUGUAUCCGUAUGCUGCCCUCCGCAAUGCCAACGUUGGCGGUACUCGAGAGAUGCUGCGUCUUGCCUCUCGACACGGAGCAACUCUCCAUCACAUUUCCACCAACGGCGUGCUCCCGCCCUCGGUUGAGGGAUGGUCGGAGGACACCAUGAUCGACAUUGGUCUUGUUCCUACAGACCUUCUCGACGGCUACGGUCAAACCAAGUGGGUUGCAGAAAAGCUCGUGUAUGAGGCAGGACGUCGUGGCGUGCCCGUCAAAGUCUAUCGUCCCGGCACGAUCAGUGGACACUCAACCACUGGCGCCACAAACACCUACGAUCUGCUCAACGCUCUCAUUGUCGAGUCGCUGCAUCUCGGCCACGUUCCCGACGUCGAUGGUUGGUUUGCGGAGAUGACGCCUGUCGACUUUGUCAGUGAUGCUAUUACGACUCUGGCGAACCAUGAUGAUGCCAAUCAGGGCGUGUAUCAUGUGGGCGAUUCCAAACCUCCGACUGCGGCAAAGAUCUUUGAGUGCCUGAAUGAGCUUGGGUACGACACCAAGAAGCUCCCGUGGGAUGAGUGGGUGGCGAUGUGGCAGGAAAAGCGUGGCUCCAAUAAGGGCGACGAGCCAUUCACUGUCGACAUCCUUCGAGGUGGUAUGCCCACGGUCGAAGCACUCCAGUGCGUAAUGGUCCUCAAGGACGAUCAGACCCAAGAAGCACUUGACUUGUACGGAAUGAAGCGGCCAAGCAUUGAUGCGGCUCUCUGGAACACUUAUGCCAAGCACUUUUACGCCCGUGGCUGGCUGCCUCACCCGCCCCGCCCCAAGACUAAUGGUGCCAACGGCAUCAACGGCAUGAGUGGCCUGAGCCUGAGAACCAAGGGUCGCCUUGCUGGCAAGGUGGCUGUCGUUACGGGUGCUUCCUCGGGCAUCGGUGCGGCCGUAGCAGCGGGUCUUGCCAAGGAGGGUGCUCACGUGGCCCUUGCCGCCCGUCGUCUGGAUGCGCUCGAGACAAUCAAGAAGAAGGUCCUCGUGCAUGGCGGGAAGGUCCUCACUCACAAGACGGAUGUCACCAAGAAGGAAGAUGUCGAGUCGCUGAUGAAGACUGUGCAAGAGAAGCUCGGUCCGAUUGACAUCCUCGUCAGCUGCGCCGGCGUCAUGUACUUUACCAUGAUGGCCAACGUGCAGACGGACGAGUGGGAGCGCACCGUCGACGUGAACUGCAAAGGUCUCCUGCACUGCUUGUCAAGCACGGUGCCGGGCAUGCUGCAGCGCGGCGGUGGCCAGAUCGUGGCGAUCUCGUCGGACGCCGGGCGCAAGGUGUUCCCCGGGCUAGGCGUCUACUCGGCGAGCAAAUUCUUCGUGGAGGCGACGCUGCAGAGUCUGCGACUGGAGACGGCCGGGACGGGCCUGCGGGUGACGUCCGUCCAGCCGGGCAACACGGAGACGGACCUCCUGGGCAUGUCGACGGAUAAGGAGGCCAUCAAGAAGUAUGGCGAGCCGACGGGAGCCAAGGUGCUGGACCCCACCGACGUCGCGUCGUCGAUCGUGUACGCCGUCUGCCAGCCGCCUCACGUGGCCGUCAAUGAGGUUCUGAUUGAGCCUCGCGACGAGCCUAUUUAA